UUGCCACAUCUUGGGGACUCACCCGAAGACCGCUGCCUCAAUUGUCAAGUUUCUUUCAAAGAGAAGGAGCGCUCUGCCACAACACCUCAAUACUGCUCAACGAAAUGUCGUCGGGCAUAUCAAGCAAGGCUAGCUAAAGAAAAGAGUUGUAGAAAAUUUUCAGAAAAUAUGAAGCGGAUAUCGGGCGGUUCCGAAGGCACGACAUCAUCAUCAUCUUCGAGUGUUUAUGAUAUGAAAAUGAAAAUGGACGAAGAGCAUACGUACCCGUUGUCAAAAUCGAAGAGAUUUGAGGAGCCGUCACCAUCGAAAAAAGUUGUGAAAGAGUUCCCAACACCAAUACCACGUUCAACAAUGAAUUCCCCUACAAUCCUUGUUGAACAGACGCCAGUAGUGGAACCAACUGUAUGUGUGACAACACCGGUCGCCAUGUCAUGUGGACCUCUUAAUGUUCCAGGCGUAGACUAUGAUGUGGAUCCGAAGCUUUGGACGCCUGAUGUAGCAGCCCGCUGGGCCCAAGGUGUGACGGGUUCUGAGACGUGUGCGGCGACGUUCUUGCGAGAAGAUGUCGAUGGAGAUGCAAUGCUUAUGAUGGGUUUCGACGACCUACGCAGUCACCUCUCAUUCACAUUUGGUCCCGCCAAAAAGCUCCAACUUGCCAUUGAGCAAUUGAAAGUUUUCCGUGAUCAGCGGUAUGGAACGCCAUAG